ACCAUAGAAGAGAAACAAGACUAAUAAGGUAAAGAGAUCAGGUGAUUAUAAAGCAUUCAAGGCUUAUGUAAAACCUAUAAUAAGGUAAUCCUUUCCUCUGAAGAAAGAUAUAAUAGGACAGAAUAUUAAAUAAUUUUGCAAAACCGUUUAAAAUAUAGUGCUAGAAUGUUUUACAAAAUGCAAAAUGCUAUGUUUUACAAAUUGCUAUGUUUUCUCCACUUUGCCUGGACAAUGACAGAAGCAACACAAAAAAAAAUCCAAACAUUCGAACUCUGGUGUUACCAUAAAAUGCUCAGAAUAUCCUACAUGAGCCAUACGACAAAUGCGAAAGUCUUGCGGAGGAUGCAUAAGGAAAUAGAGCUUAUGCUUAUAAUAAAAGAACGGAAAACACAAUAUUUUGGUGACAUCAUAAGAACUCAAAAGUAUGAACUGCUCCAACUUAUAAUCGAAGGCAAAGUCAAUAGCAAA